GGCGGGGAGGAGGAGGAGGACGGACGGACAGGGCCAGCCUGCUGUCCGCCUGCCGCCCGCUGUAGUGUGAAGGAGUUCCUGUGUGCCCACGGUCGCCACUGCCCCACCUGGGCCACCGGAGCCUGCCCCUGGACCCCCGGUGCCCACUGUCCACCCUCAUCCGGCGUGAGAGCUCUCCUUCCGCUCCGCGGACGCCGCGGGCAUGGACUAUUCGUACGACGAGGACUUGGACGAACUGUGCCCCGUGUGCGGGGACAAGGUGUCGGGCUACCACUACGGGCUGCUCACGUGCGAGAGCUGCAAGGGCUUCUUCAAGCGCACGGUGCAGAACAACAAGCACUACACGUGCACCGAGAGCCAGAGCUGCAAGAUCGACAAGACACAGCGCAAGCGCUGUCCCUUCUGCCGCUUCCAGAAGUGCCUGACGGUGGGGAUGCGCCUGGAAGCUGUGCGUGCUGACCGCAUGCGAGGUGGCCGGAACAAGUUUGGGCCCAUGUACAAGCGGGACCGAGCCCUGAAGCAGCAGAAGAAGGCACAGAUUCGGGCCAAUGGCUUCAAGCUGGAGACAGGCCCCCCAAUGGGGGUGCCCCCGCCGCCCCCUCCCCCACCGGACUACAUGCUGUCCCCUAGCCUGCACGCACCUGAGCCCAAGGGUCUGGCCUCUGGUCCCCCUGCUGGGCCACUGGGCGAUUUUGGAAGUCCAGCACUGCCCAUGGCCGUGCCCAGCACCCACGGGCCACUAGCCGGUUACCUCUACCCUGCCUUUCCUGGCCGUGCCAUCAAGUCCGAGUACCCAGAGCCCUAUGCCAGCCCCCCGCAGCCCGGGCUGCCCUACGGCUAUGCAGAGCCCUUCUCCGGAGGGCCUGGAGUUCCUGAGCUCAUCCUGCAGCUGCUGCAGCUGGAGCCGGACGAGGACCAGGUGCGGGCACGCAUCGUGGGCUGCCUGCAGGACCCGGCCAAAGGCCGCCCCGACCAGCCCGCGCCCUUUGGCCUCCUGUGCAGAAUGGCCGACCAGACCUUCAUCUCCAUCGUGGACUGGGCACGCAGGUGCAUGGUCUUCAAGGAGCUGGAGGUGGCUGACCAGAUGACCCUGCUGCAGAACUGCUGGAGCGAGCUGCUGGUGUUUGAUCACAUCUACCGCCAGAUCCAACAUGGCAAGGAGGGCAGCAUCCUGCUGGUCACUGGGCAGGAGGUGGAGCUGACCACGGUGGCUGCCCAGGCGGGCUCCCUGCUGCACGGCCUGGUGCUGCGGGCGCAGGAGCUGGUGCUGCAGCUCCACGCGCUGCAGCUGGACCGCCAGGAGUUUGUCUGCCUCAAGUUCCUCAUCCUCUUCAGCCUUGAUGUGAAGUUCCUGAAUAACCACAGCCUGGUGAAGGACGCUCAAGAGAAAGCCAACGCUGCCCUGCUUGAUUACACCCUGUGCCACUACCCGCAUUGCGGGGACAAGUUCCAGCAGCUGCUGCUGUGCCUGGUGGAGGUGCGGGCCCUGAGCAUGCAGGCCAAGGAAUACCUGUACCACAAGCACCUGGGCAACGAGAUGCCCCGCAACAACCUGCUCAUUGAGAUGCUACAAGCCAAGCAGACUUGAGCCUGGGCCAGCUGGGCCAGGGCUGGGGCCGGGGGAGGGGCUGCAGCCACCCUGCGGCCCUCCAGAUGGUUUACUUUAUUAUGCCAACCCAGGAGCCCUGUCCUGCAGGCCCCUGCCCCUGAGCUCGGAAGCUGUGUGUCUGGGAAGGUGGGUGAGGCUGGGCAGGGCCUGGCUGAGGUGGGGUGGCCCCCACUGGCCACUGGCACUUGCCUGCCACUCAGAGCGCCCCAAGGAGGCGGCUGCUAACCACCCCUCCCUCCCCCUGCUCCCAGCUGUCUGUCCUGGGGUCUGAAGCACAGGUCCGGGGAGGAAGUUCGGGAUUCCCUGGUGGGCCUCGGUGUCCCUUGGGCCAGAUGUCAUCCCUUCCCCCUCUCCUGGAAACAGAGGCAAGGAGAAGUUGAGCGGGCAUCGGCUGGGGGAGAAGAGAAGGUCUCCAGAACUCCCCCAUGGGGACCCGGAAAUCCUCUGUUUAGUAAACUAGUGAUAACUGAGCUUGCUAUAUUGGGCAGGGGCUGUUGGGCCCUAGAGGACACUUGGACACCGGUUGGGACAAAGGACCUCCUCCCUUGCCCUUCUACCCCAUCUGACUUCUGCAGGGAGAACUUUGAUACAUGAUCUGAAAAGAAUUUUGCUACAAUCAUCUUUACAUCCCUCUCCCACCAGAGGAGGAGUUUGGUACAAUCAGCCUUCUAGCCCCACCCGCAGUUGCCCGGGCAGGUAUUUAUCUGCAAGGUUAUAGUCAAGAGGUGUGUUUGUUUUCCCCUUUUGUUUGUUUUUCAAUCUCCUAGACUCUCCUUGAAAGGCGUGUAUGGUGGAGGGCAGAGGACAGAUUUGAGAAUUGAGGCUGAGAUUUGGGGAUUGGCGCCACGUACAGCCCAUGGUUUCUCACUGGACACUCUCACACCAAGUGCCCCGUGGGUGGUGCUGGCUCAUUAUUUCUGAGCCCCAAUCCAGAAAAGAGCUGUUGCUUGUCCUCUACCCCCCCAGAUGAACAGCAGCCUACCCUGUGGGGCUCAGAGUCGCUGUGCGUGGGAAUAUGGUGAACUUGGGAGGGCACACAAGGGUCCUUCCUUUAUUGGGUCCCUUGCUGCAAACCUUUGAUGCUGGGCCUCAGCUCCUGGCCUCUUGCCCUGUGUCCCGUAAACCACUCUCGAGGGUCAGGCACUAGGGGGAGGCCUCAGCUGUCUUCUGUCCCCGGCUGGACAUCCACUAUGUCCUGCUUUCACAUGGCUAUUGCCGCUUGUGCUGAGCUGCCUCGCUGGAGGAAACUAGGCACCCCUGCCCCCCUGCCUUCCAUUGCCCUGUCUCAGUCCCCACCUCUGCCCCCUGAAACGUGCGCCCCUGCCAAGGCUGGAGACCCACAGCCCCGAAACGAGAAGUGCCCUUAAGAAUCUCCCCAGCCCCCACAGCCCUGGAAUAAAUUUUGCAAUUAGUUUCCAGCUA